AGCCCUGCUGGCGGCCGCGCGGGUGGUGCUGCUGAAGGCCGCGCUCCUCGACGCGCUGCUCACCGCCCUGCUCCUGGCCCGGCGCUGAGGGACCAGGCCGGCACCGCCGGGGAGGGCAGCGAGGAGUCCCCGGAACGAGGCUGGGAGACUCAGCCUGGGUGAGGGUGAGGGUGUGGGAGCGGAGAGGUGAGGCGCCCCUGGGAUGGGGGCCCGGAAUCACGGCGGGACACGGCGGGAUGGGCCCAACCGUGCGCUGGGACGUAGAAGGACCCUCCGCCACGGGUCCGCGGCAGGCGAGCAGAGGGGGCGGGGUUUACUCGGCGGGCCGGGCGGUGAUUGGUCGGGCAGGCAGAGCGGUGAUUGGCCGGGCAGGCCGGGCGGUGAUUGGCCGGGCGUGCCACGCGGGCCGCUGGGGUUGGUGGCGGCGGCGCGUUGCCGUGGCGACGGGGGCGGAGCGCAGGCCCGGAAGCGGAGCCAUGGCGGCGGAGGGCCCCGCCGCGCUGCUGCUGCUGCUGCUGGUGGCGGUGGCGGGCGGCGACGACGCGGACUGGGUGCGGCUGCCCAGCAAGUGCGAGGUGUGCAAAUACGUGGCAUUGGAGCUGAAAUCCGCCUUUGAAGAGACCGGCAAGACCAAGGAGGUGAUCGACACCAAGUAUGGCUUCUUGGAUGGGAAGGGGGCUGCCGUCAAGUACACACAGUCGGACAUCCGGCUCAUUGAGGUGACAGAGAACAUUUGCAAGAGGCUGUUGGACUACAACCUGCACAAGGAAAGGAGCGGCAGCAACAGAUUUGCAAAGGGUAUGUCGGAGACGUUUGAGACCCUGCACAACCUGGUGCACAAAGGCGUCAAGGUGGUGAUGGACAUUCCCUACGAGCUGUGGAACGAGACCUCUGCCGAGGUGGCGGAUCUCAAGAAGCAGUGCGACGUGCUGGUGGAGGAGUACGAAGACGUGAUCGAGGACUGGUACCGGCACCACCAGACCGAAGAUCUCUCCCAGUUCCUCUGUGCUGACCGUGUGCUGAAAGGGAAGGAUGCCAGCUGCUUAGCAGAGAAGUGGACCGGCAAGAAGGGAGACUUGGCGAGCGCGGGGGAGAAGCCGAGCAAGAAGAAGAGCGGGAAGAAGAAGAAGAAAGAGGGGAAGGAGCAAAGCGAGGGCGCCAGGAGCCUCCCGGAGGAGGAGAGCGGGGUGCAGGAAGCCGCCCCGCUCCCCCACAGCCCCACCGACGAGCUAUAGGCAGCGGCUCGCGAGGACUGAGCGGGGAGAAAGGCUCUCCCCCGUGCCACAGCCGCAGCUCCCGGCACACCACGGUACGGACUCGUUCCUCGCCACGGCGCGCCGGGCCGGGGCCGCGUCCUCCCAGCGCCCGCAGCGCGGCCGCCCGGGGCCCUCCGCCGCCGGGGCUGCGAAUAAAGACCUUUGUCGCGGA